AUGUUUGAAGUCAAACUGCAUUCCAAGCCGCUCUUACAAAGUUUCAAUUCAAUCUUUUAUUGGUGCAAGCUUUUGGGCGUCUAUCCAUAUGACUUUCAGAAAUUCUACUAUGACGGUGUACUUCAAACCUCCACAGUGGGCAGUUUUGUGGUGAUAAUCGUAAUGUGCUUUGUUUUUAUGCUCUACAAUUUGAUGCUGUUCACUUUUGCCGGAAAUGAUGUCGUUCCGAAGUAUAAUCAUCUAAAUCUCAUAGUCCUUAUUGCACUUACUUAUAUUUCACCCGUAAUGAUGAUGGUCGAUCAAAUAACCGCUAUACGUAAUCAGAAUGCACUCCCUGCACUCUUCGAACGAAUUGAAUAUUUAGAUGAAGGACUGCGACAGCUGGGUAUUUCGGUCGAUAAUAAGCAUGUGCAGCGACGCAUACGGCUGAUGAUCGCAGUGACUGUAUUGUUGGAGUGCUGCAUAUUCGCCGCUUACAUAUGGUUGCAGGUUGACGUAUUGCGAUGGACGUUGGUUCUGUGGAUCUUUGCCUCCACACCGACCUUCUACAAUACCCUAGACAAGAUUUGGUUUAUGGGAAUAUUGUUGGGUCUGAGAGACCGUUUUGAUGCUAUUAAUGAAACGUUCGAUACAAUCGCUGGAGAGCUUGAGAAAAAUUGUAUACAGAGUCGGAAGAAGCAGCGAAGUGGGGAUGUUGCGCUGCAACCGUCGUUAUCAUUCGAAGCGGAAGAUAUUGGCCUUAAGUUAGAUGCAAAACUAUUAGAAAUAGGAUCGAUAACAAUGGCGGUCGCCGUAUGCGAGUGGUUACAGGCGCGCACUACCUCUCCAUAUUUGGAUAAAUAUAUUGAUGAGAAUAUCUGUAUCGAUAAACAUAUCAAAUUGGAAAAUCUUGUGCGCAAUGCCUUCGGUGAAUUAAUACGCCACCGUGAACCAUUCAAACGCUCUGCUCCAAAAAUGCGCUCCGAUGCUGCGCUAGGUAAUUUCGAUGUUUUGCAGGAACGUUUCACCAGCCUGUGUCAACUACACGAAAGCACCU